AUGGCGGUCUUAACUUCAUCGCUCUCCGAGCUGUCCGCCAUCUCGUCGCCAGACUCUUUUCGCACUGCGAUCCAGUCGCCUGAAGGAGCCGAAGCUAUGGGAGUGAAGAAUGUCCCUGCGACGACGUAUUCUCUGGCGAGCCAGCUGCCUCGCGAGCUGAAGGCGCACUGCCAAAUCUACUUGGAGGAGCACCUAUACAAUGGCGCACUGGGCCUCCUCAACAGCCUUCUAAUUGCUGGAUACACUCGGAAAGGGAUCGCCAAGAAACCUGUUUACGUUCCCCCGGCUACACAUCUGGCCCUGCUCAACACGCUGGCCAUCCACCCAAGCCAUACUACUCGGGCCGCUGGCCCCGAUCGUCUCGAGGUUGGUUCGCAAACACUUGACUAUCUGCGUAACCUACUUGCUAUCGUUGGGCCCAUUAAUGCCGGGUUCAAAGAUGCCUUCCAGUUCCAAGGGGUGAGCUAUGGUCGCCGGCACAGGCACCAUGAUGAGGAGGACGACGAGAUCGACGGUGACCAGGUGAGCAACAAGAUGGCCGUCGAAGACAGCAUAUGGCACCGCGCGCAUGACUUCUGGGCUGUCGUAGGCUGGGCGUUCAACUGCAGCAGCAUCCACCCUCGCCGGUGGCGCUACUGGAAGACCUGGUUGGAGUUCAUGGUUGAUGUCCUGGAAGCGGACCUUCAGGAGCGUAAGCGUAUGGACGAAGAGUCAACGUCGCCUUCCCAGGAAUCGACUUGGGCACAUAUGCGCGGCACUAUCCUUGUCAUGUAUAUCAAGCAAAAAGCCGACUCCAAUCGGUAUGGAUUGAAGAUGAUUCAGCAAGCCCUCUUCGCCGAAGGCAACAGCUCAGCUGUAGCUAAAUUCCCUGAGAUCUUUAACAAGGAAACAAAGGGUCUCCCCAGCGAGGAUAAAACGCGCAAGAGGAUGGCCACGCUGGACAUUGAGAACGAUCAGUUUGGAGACUAUUUCAACGAUGAUCUGGUGGACUCAGAGCCUUCUCAACCUGGGACCCCUACCACUCCAGCCACCCCGCGCACACCGGCGGGAGCAACAGGCGAUCUCGUUGCUCCUGAAGUGGCCGAGUCUAUCCCUAUACGUUUGCGUUUGAUGGACCUACUGUCAAUAGUCGCUGGAUACCUUCCUGGCGACUUCAUGACCUACGCCGAAUACGCUUCGGAUCUCUCCAGGACGCUCAACCAGCAGCCCCUGUCGUUCUUCCGACAGUUCAUCUCAGACAUGAGAGUGCACGUCAACCGUGUCUUCGAGCUUGAACUGUUGGCGACCGAACUGGAUCUUCUGCUGCCGUCGAGCUAUAAGGAUCCCGGAGAUGUCGUGUCAACCGACAGCGGCAUUAUCAUCAACGCCGAAGUGCUCAAGCUCUGCUACCUACCCCACCAUGCCAACACUGUCGAUAUAGAAGAUAAUGCCAGGCUCGCGCUGAUUCUUGAAAGCCUUCUUUAUCACCUGACCCCAGAUGAAGUUAGAGCUACCAAAGAUGAUUUGCGUGCAGCGGCUGCAAAGGGCAUCGAGGCGCGCAAGACCAAGGCAAAGGUCUCGAAGCGGAAAGAGACGAGAAGCUCAAGUCGUCGGGGCCAAAAGCAGAAGGAGCUUGGUGACAGAGAACGGUACGCGGCAGAGAUGAUGGAGCUGGCAGGAGAACGAAUUUUGUCGUACAUUGACAUCAUGGGUGCCAUUGUAGAGGAAUCCGACGAAGACCACGAUAUGACGGAUUGA